AUGCCGUGUGCAUUUAGGCAGGCGAUUCACGUGCUGGUUGUUUCGACAGCUCAAGUACUUGAGGCUGGCCGGGAGCGGGCACGCACAGCCCCAGCCCCAAAGGCUGCCGUAGGGAAGUCAUCCCAGCCCCGGUUAACGGGAAUACCUACAUGUAAACUAACCUGUAUCGACUAUGCUGCUUCGUAUACAAGUGUAAUAGACGUCCAGAGGACGCGGUGGGGGGUGUUCGUCCGUCGCCGGUGUCGGCUCCCGGUUCGCUGUGAAGCAGCGGAAGUGACGAACGGCGGGGAGCGAGAGCUCCCGGAUGGCCCUGGGCGCGCGCGCUCCGGGGGGUACUCCCGUUACCGGCCCGGCUGGGGGCGCGCCGGGAAAGCCGCGGCGGCGGGCCUGGGCGAACCCUCCCUGCUGAAGCAGGGGGCAGCAGUGAACCAGUUUUGCAGGAUGAGCACUGUGAGUGAAGAAGUUAAGCCAGAAGAUGGCAAACCGGAAUCUGAAAAAAAGAUAUUUUACUGUGAAGUUUGUAAAGUUCCAUGUAUGAGUUCUAUAAGUCUUCAGUCACACUAUCGUGGUGCAAAGCACAGAAAGAAAGAGAAAGUCCUGAGACCCAAGACUGUCUAUUGUCCUCCUGCUCCAGCCCGAACUUCAAUGAAGUAUGAAACACAGAGACCAGUGAAGAGAGGACUCACAAAGGACAUAACCUGUCUGAAGGAUUUUAUGAAUGAUCCCAAAAGAGAAGAACCUCUAGUUGGUUUAGAACAUGUGGUUGAGAUCAGAUUUGAAGGAAGAAAAGAGCCGCAUUAUGAGUGCAAGCUGUGUGGGUUUAAUACAGAGAUGGCACCUAUGAUAGAACACCUUAGUGGAUAUAAGCACAGAAGAGCAUACAUCUCUAAAGAAUUUCCAGAUAAAAUGAAGAGAAAGACAGCAGAUGUAAAAGAAUGCAAAGUCUCGUUUCUCAGACGGAUAGCAGGAGAGCUAGAGAAAUCUGAAGGAUUAAAAAUGUAUAAGAUUGAAGGUUAUGUAAGACCAAGUACCUCACCCCCAUCAAAGAAGAAAGCAAGGUGGGAAGAUGAUUAUAAGCAUGAGAAUGAUCCUGUUCGGAAACAGAAAGCUCUAGAGUUCUUGGAGACUUUUCACAUCACCUCAGACUCAGAAGCAACACUUGUUGUUCAUGUUACACAGGAACUCACCGAAGCUUUGAAGGCCUUUUGUGAAAAGAAAGCAGCAGUUAGUUAUACUAACAGUCCGAGGCCACUGAUGUCGAUAUCUCAAGAUGAAUUUCCAGGAAGGAAAAGCAUCCCAAAACACUAUAAGCCAUAUGGAAAAUCCAAAGGAAAUUCUAACUGGAAUCAAGAGGUUUUGUCUCAGUAUGAAGAAUGUUCUGUGGAUGCUUCUUUUGCUCCUGCUGACUCCUACAGUCACCAAGCAGAUAACGAAUCAUCUUCCUAUGGACUAAGAUCUGCUGACUUUGCAAUGAUGUCUGCACUCAGGGACUCUUUUGCUCUGCAGACUGGAAGUUCUGCCAGAGGUAUCAGUGAAUGGCUGAGACAGUUGAGGCGAUCAGCCUCAGGCAGUGAUUCAGCAGUUGGUGGGGCCUCUUCCUGUGAGGCAGGCCUAGCGAGCCAGUACUCAGUAGACUGUAUGUCCAGCGAUGUGCGAGGAAGUAAGCGCCAUGGUAACAGAAUCUCAUAUGGUGGGCAGUGUACGAAAUGGAGGAAUCAACAACUGGGUACAAAAGCAAGGAGUAUAAAUGAGCAAGGAUUACCCUAUCCCAAUUCUGCUGCCUCAUACCCUUCAUCUGGAAGAUAUUCCACAAACUAUUCUUCACAAAGCUAUUCCUCUUACCAGAAUGAUGAGUCUUGUGCAUCAUCUGCAAAUUCUGCUGUUUCAGGAAGAAGUGGCUCCAGGUGGCACCAGGACUCCAGGUGGAGUGAACGGAAUGAGGGCUCUAGGUGGAGUCAGAGCUCUAGCUGGAACCAGGAGUCUAGCUGGACCAAGGAAUCUAGCUGGAACCAGAAAUCUAGGUGUCAAGGAUUCAGGCAUCAGAAGUCAGGCUACAGGAGUGAUUUGAGUUCACAUCAGUACUCAUUUUCUGGCAGCGGUUCAUACAGAGGUUACCAGCAAUUCAGAAGCUCAGAUAAGAUGUUUGAUGAAGAUGCUGUUGGUCUUACUCCCAACGUUUUGAAUAGACUGCAAGGAAAGGAUAUACCUACAAUGACCAGGGUGCUCAAGCAGUUGGCCCCGUAUUAUCCAGCACUUCAAAAACUAAAUAUUCAGACAUUAGUCAAUGUGCUAGUAGAAACUAGAGGAAAAGAUUAAGGAGCAACAGGAGCUGAACUGGAAACAGAUGAACAGAUUCAAGAAUCUCCAUCUCUUGGCUUUCAGGGAAGAGACUGCAUUUAAUUCUGUGUUUGUCUGGUUUUGGAAGGGGGAAGGGAGGUAGGGUUUAAUUUUUUAACAUGUGAAAUAUGCUGGAACACGAACUUGCACAUGAUGGAGGUGAGCAUACUAUUUUGUUUAGGCUUUUUUAAUGUAUUUGUUAUAUCUUAGUAUAUUACAGAAAAAAGCUUCUGUUAUUUUUGGAAGAUGUGUUAAAGUUAUUCUGUUAGCAAGAAGCUAAUAAUCCUUUUAACACCCUUCCCAACUCGGAAAAGAAGAAAGGUUGGUUUACUUUUAUGUUACCUACUUAGGAAGGAUAUUCAUUCAGUGUUGCAACUGUUGCAGGAAAAUACAGGUUUACUUUUCUUCCCACAAAUGUAAGGCCAGUUCAGUUCAUUCGAGGCUUUAUAAUUAGCACAGUUUUACAAAUUGAGACAUUGCAUUUCCGUUUAAGACAAGAAAAGGAGAAUGUCACAGCAAAGGUAUUCUCUGUCUUAAUGUGAUGCUGUAUGAGGAAAAGGUAAUUGGUUCCAGGGGAUUGGUAUGUCAUGGGGCGAUUACUUGCAUUCAUUUUUGCAGAAUAAAGAGAGACGUAUAAAAUA